AAUGCAGAUUCUGGUGGUAUAGUGGACUGUCUGAAAAAAGAAUUAAAAAAGCUUAAACUAAAUAUUAAUAAACUUAUCGGAAUUGGUACAGACAACGCCAACGUCAUGGUUGGUCGCAACAAAAGUGUCUACACGGAAUUAAAGCGAGAAAUUCCAUCUCUAACUUUGGUCAAAUGUGUCUGCCAUUCUAUCCAGUUGGCAAUUAAUCAUGCUUCUAAAGAGUGCCUUCCUCACGGCCUUGAAUUUCUAAUUUAUGAGACUUACAACUGGUUCAGUAAAAGUUCCAGUCGCAGAUUACAAUACAAACAGAUUUUCCAGCUAAUCAACGAUGAAAAUGCGCCGUUAAAAAUUCCAAGAGUUAGCGACACACGAUGGCUUUCAAUUGAAGGGACCGUAUCGCGAAUACUACAGCAGUGGCUGGAGUUGAAGACACAUUUUGGUAUUACUAGCAAUUCUGAAAAAUGUCAUAAGAUGAACGAAAUUAUCUCUACCUUCUGUUUUUGA